AUGGAGCAAGGUUUGGGUUCGGAGUCUGUUCCUACUUCUGGCUAUAUUGAUAAAUCUAGGGUUUUGAAUGUUAGGCCAUUACGAUGUCUUGUUCCAAUAUUCCCAUCUUCACCUGGUACACCUGCAUUUUCAACUCCACAGGCUUCCCCAUUUAUGUGUGUCCCUCCAACUGGUCCUUUUCCUCCUGGGGUUGCACCGUUUUACCCUUUUUUUGUAUCAAAUGAGUCUCAAAGGCCAAAUGAACAGAACCCGCAAACCCCAAUCGCUAUACCCAGUCAAGCAGGUAAUUAUGGUAUUAAUAACACAAUACCAGCCCCUGUUCCCUUGAAUUCAUUCCGAACACCAACGACACAAGUCCCAUCUCAGCGAUCAAGGGGGAGGCCCAGGAAAAAACCUGAAGCUUUUCAGUCACAACAAGAAAGUCUAGUCGUGGACGAGGAUGGUUAUAGUGACUCCCAGAAUACUCCCUUUAGCAUGAAUGAUGCUGAUGUAGAAGAUACCAGCAAUGGGGGCAGACCAAAGAGAUCCCGGAAGAAGAUAAAGAAUAACCAACAUGUGAGGCCAACACCUGAUGUUGACACUGACUCAAUAGUUAAUAGUCUCGUGACACAAUUCAAUCUCACGGGAUUGGAUAUGGUUAAACAAACUGAUGGUGACAAGGAGUUAGUUGGACGCAUACUUUUGGUUUUUGAUUUGUUCCGAAGAAGGAUGUCUCAAAAUGAGGAUGGGAAGGAGCCAACUCCAGGGGCUACAAGACGUCCAGAUUUGAAGGCUGGGGCAAUCUUGAUGACUAAAGGCAUCCGGACGAAUAGCAAGAAGAGGGUUGGAUCUGUCCCUGGGGUUGAAGUUGGGGAUAUUUUCUUUUUCAGGAUGGAAAUGUGCUUGGUUGGAUUGCAUUCUCCGAGUAUGUCUGGUAUAGAUUACAUGGGUGUCAAGCUCACUAUAGAUGAAGAACCUCUGGCGGUCAGUAUUGUUUCUUCUGGAGGCUAUGAGGAUGACGGGGAGGAUGGUGAUGUGUUAAUUUACAGUGGCCAGGGUGGAGUUCAAAGGAGAGAUAAACAAGUGAUGGAUCAGAAACUAGAAAGGGGUAAUCUUGCAUUGGAAAAGAGCCUGCACCGGACUAAUGAGGUAAGGGUCAUUCGAGGUCUGAAGGAAUCUGCGAACUCAACAGGGAAGGUAUAUGUAUAUGACGGCCUCUACAGAAUCCAGGAGUCAUGGGUGGAGAAAGGGAAGUCUGGCUGCAAUGUUUUUAAAUACAAAUUGGUUAGAGUACCUGGCCAGCCGGAAGCAUUUACAAUGUGGAAAUUAAUCCAGCAAUGGAAGGAUGGUGUUACUUCAAGGAAUGGGGUUAUCCUGCCAGACCUUACUUCAGGAGCCGAAUGUCUCCCUGUUUCACUUGUAAAUGAUGUUGAUGAUGAAAAGGGGCCUGCUUAUUUCACAUAUGUUCCUAAUGUCAAAUACUCAAAACCAUUUGCUUCACCCAAACCUUCUUUGAGCUGCACUUGCCUAGGUGGAUGCCAACCUGGUGACUCCAACUGCCCUUGCAUCCAGAAAAAUGGAGGCUCUCUCCCCCAUAGUUCACUUGGGGCUCUUAUAUGUUAUGAUUCCUUGGUGCAUGAGUGUGGUUCUUCCUGUUCAUGCCCUCCUAACUGCCGGAAUCGAGUGUCGCAAACAGGUCUGAAAGUUCGCCUGGAGGUGUUUAAGACGAAGGAUAAAGGUUGGGGACUUAGGUCUUGGGAUCCCAUCCGUGGAGGAAGCUUUAUUUGUGAGUAUGCAGGUGAAGUCAUUGAUACAUCUGUGCUAGAGAAGGUUGGGAGCGACAAUGAGGAUAAUUAUAUUUUUGAUGCCACCCGAACCUAUGAGCCUCUGGAAGGUGUGCGUGGUGAUUCCAAUGAAAGUGCAAAAGUCCCUUUUCCCCUUGUUAUAAGUGCCAAAACUAAUGGGAAUGUAGCACGUUUUAUGAACCAUAGUUGUUCUCCAAAUGUGUUCUGGCAGCCAGUUUUACGUGAAAAUAACAUGGAAUCAUAUCUCCAUAUUGCAUUUUAUGCAAUCAGACACAUUCCUCCUAUGCAAGAGUUGACAUAUGAUUAUGGGAUAGUUCAGCCUGACAAAGCAGACCAGAGGAGGAAAAAUUGCUUGUGUGGAUCAUUGAAAUGCAGGGGUUAUUUUUAUUAA